AUGCCCUACCCGCGGGCCGUCUCGCCAUUCAGUCUUGAGACAUACGAGCCUUCCGCCGAUAAUAUAGCAGGUGAUGAGCUGCCGGCCUCUGAUGACGAGUUGAACGAAGCUGAGCGCGCGGCUAAACGUCAGAGAGUAGAGAAGUUGGCGGAGUCGUAUCUCAAGGGCCAGCCGCUGUUUAUCCUUUCCGCGUCGUUGAAGGGACCCUUCGAUCAGGGUUGGAGGAACCCGUGGAAGAAGGAUCGCAAGGCUAUCGUCAACCGGCGGGUCAACAAACGUGGGAAGAGGGCUGUACAGAAUUCGGGCCGCGUCGUACAGGAGACCGACUUGCGCCAUCCGAAGUAUCGAGAAGAUUUGACUGUUGCUGCUUCGAGUCCUGCAGCUGCUACACACCAAACAGUUCAAUCGCCUAUUCCGCCAGUGACAAAUGUCAGUUCCCCCGUUACAUCUCGAUCGGCACAGAAAAGACCUCUUCACGCAGCGACAUACGAUGAACAAAAUCGAGCGACACCCCGUUCGAUCAAGAAACCGAGAGAGACAGCUUUAUGGCGAGCGGCAGACCAUUCUUUUGCACCCGGUGGACCGUCGGACUGGUUGAAGAAAGACCGGAAACGAUUGAAUUUCACGCAGAUUGAACCACCUAGCUCUCCGACCCCGAAGAUCGCAUCUCGACAGGCGGAUAAUAAAGCUCGGGUUGGGGCUUUGCGUGCCUUGGAGGUGCGACUUCCUGCGGCGGCCUCACACAGGAGGAUCUCGAUAACUCCUGUCGUCGAUCAGAAGACGAUAGCAGCCGAGCCUAUGGAUAUUUCGCCGGAAGGUUCUCGGGUAUCUGUCCCAGCGGAGCAAAAGCCUGAGCCUAUCACGGAGAAAACAUUGGCUCCAGGGCUGUCAACAACACAUAAGAGCUCUCCUGUUGUGGAUUCUCAUGUGCCAUCAUCGUUUCGUGUUAUUACUUCGACGUCUCAGUUGCCCCGUUUUGAGUAUCGAAGGUGGCAUCAGGACAACGAUAGCCCCGAGUCAGGGAAACAAUCCCCUGUCAAAGGCAGCUCUGAUGUCCCGGAAGCCUCGGCCGAGAAAGAUGGGACUAUGCAGUCAGCUGCUGAAAAAGUCGAGGAAGAUUUACUCUCCGAAGAGACCAUUCAUGAAGCGCAAGUCGCACCUGCAGCGGACAGCAUUGAGAAUGCGCCUGUUACUAGCGCUGAAAACGAUAUAUCCGCCCCAAUAGAUUCUCCAGCGGUCUCCAAAGCGCCUGAUGUCACUGAACAAGUAGACGACCCAAUCGUUGAGCCCGACGCCCCAGUGGAACCGAGUCAGCCCCGGCAGCAAUUGCCAGAUGACGAUCCCAAGAAGGCCGCUCAAAGCAAACUAGCCCAAACAUCAAAGGACCUCAGAUUUGCCGAUGAGGCAGGCGUCUCAACUUGCAUUGAAGAGGAAGAUCAACCACGGACAGAGCAAAAUACCUAUGAGAAUUUGCCGUCUGCGCAACAUGUACCCGUCCCUCCAGGGCUUUCAGAUCGCAUACCAUCUUUACACUCGACCGCGAUGACAAGGGCAAAUGCAGAUCAGAGCAGGGAAGAUAGUUCAGACACGCAAUUGUCGACACAGGCCGCCUUGCUUCUUGCCCAGAGAUCCUUCCAAGAGGACCUGGACAGCCCCGAGCCUGAAUUCAUCCACCCUGCCGAACCGGACGACACCGUGUUGGGGCCUGCUGAGGAGUCAAUCCUAGCACAUGAAACGCCAUAUAAUGACCCGCAUGCUUCUAAAAAAGUGCCGAAUCCUUUCAUGCGGGGAUUGUCGAAAGACAGGAUCCAGGCUAUGAGCACGCAAUGCAUAAUUGAUGCCACAACCCCUUACACGUUCAGCACGGAGAAAAAGAUCAAGGUUUUUCGAGAACUUUCACCCGACCAGCCCAAUGAGAAAGAACCCGAAGGGCCUGGCUUUGCAGAUCUCUUUGCUCCGUCGCCUCGGAUACCCUCGCCUUCUCAAAAUCACGAAUACCACACGGCUCAUUCGAGUCCUCACCACCCAGAUCACGAUCUAGAUCACAACCCCGACCCUACAUUCACCCAUCGCUCAACGACUCAAGGGACAGCUCUCCCAUUCGCUCUGAGUGGUUCAACGCCUACCACUGCCCAGGAUGGGCAAGGUGCUCCCCAGGGUAUAGAAAGCUUCGAUCUCAGCCAGGCCAUCGCCGACGCUGGCAGUUGGCUGCAGCAGAGCUUCGAUUUUAUGAAGGAGGUUGGCCGUCCUAGUCAGCCUGCAAAGCCGACAUAG